AUGCUGUCUGCUAAGGCAGAUGUUCAGCCGUCCGAUGUCCAAGUUAGCCAAAGCAGGGGACCGGGGAUGCAACUGCACUUCAGCAAUGCAUGUCUUCUAAGAACCAGCGAGCCCUUGAAUGAUAUGGCUUCCAGCAGCUCUGAGGACACGACGCAGAUGAACGACACGGCUAUGAACAUCGCACGCAAGCGGUCCUCUUCGCCUCAGAGAACGGAAGAUCACAGCUCGUCGGAGGAAAGCCCAAGUUCGGACAAGGAAAAUACAGAGUUUCUCGACAAAAUUGAAGACUCUUCUGAGAUGGACGAAAGCUCUUCUGAGCAAGACGGAUACCCCUCCGAGACGAUCGAGUACUAUUCCUGUCGGAAGGAGGGUUCUGUUCGAGAAGUCGAUGAUGACACCUCUACCGAGGGUGAAGAGCAUGAAGAUGGGGAGGAGGAGGAGGAGGAGGAGGAGGGAUACGACAUGAAGGGACACAAUCAAGUCGGCCUCAUCGCCAGAAGCUUUCCAGUUGGCGGGAAGGGCUAA